UUUGUGAAAGGAGGAAAGGAAACGUGACCAUGUAAGAUCCACGUUUCUCCGGUCAAUUACAUGCGAAGAAUAGAUCCGAUUUCGACGGGUUUUUUGGUCCAGGAUGGUAACAGCUUAGGGAAUAAUACAGCUGCCUUCCCUCGCCGAUUUUGCUCUGAUUAUUUUUGGUGUGGUCCAGACAGCUGCUGGAAGAGAGAAGGUCAGAAUAUAUAAAUAAAUAUAAAAAUAUAUAUGAUAUAUAUAAUAUAUAUUAUAUAUAUAUAAUAUAUUUAUCUCAGUACCUCUGGGAUUAAGCUCAUUGAAUGCUAAUUAUUUCUUUCAGGACUUUUAAUAUUUACAAUGAAAUCUUUUAAAUGCAACGCUAAAAUCUGAAGCCACCUGGGAGUACAGUGUUGGAAACGUAGGGUGUUUUCCCACAAACAAUGUGAAGGUCUUUUUGUCAAAGAGGCAAUUUUGAUAAUAACGACAGCUACCAGUUUUGCAUUUUGCUAGCCAGACUGGCUGCUAUUUUGUCUGGGUGCACACCGGGUCUCGCGUGAUUGAGUUCGAUUUUUUUUUUUUAUUCGAAAAAAAAAAAAAAAAAGAAGAAGAAAAAAAGGAAAAUUACUUGAGAUGCCAAAUACUGUCGACGGAACCACGGCCUCCCUCUUCCCCAAACCCACCGGAGACGCGGACCCUUCUUUUUUCCAGGCUUAGGAGUUGCCGGAGCAGAGCCGGGGCUGUCUCCCGGGAGCGCCGCACCCCGCGGUGCCCGCCGCCGCCCCUCGCCCCCGGACCCUUGGGCGUGGGAGCUGCCUGGGCGCCCCCCGCCGCUGCCAAACAAACUUGAGGAAUCCACCCCGCCGGAGGGGGAAGGGCGAUAAAAAAAUCCCUCGGGAGCGUGGAGCCGGUCGCUUUAUUUAUUUAAUUCUUUUUUUUUUUUUUUUUUUUUUUAAUUAUUCCUACCGCUGUUGCUAGCCUCGCACGGUUGCUGCCGGGGAUUUUCCCCCCCCUCCCCGCCCUCCGGCCCCUCUUUUGUCGUCUCCCAACCUGCGAGCGCAUCCCUUCCCCGCAGCGCUGAGACCCCAGCAGAGCCCCCCGACCUCGGGGCUCCCGGCUCCUGCCCUUUCUUUCCCCCCCCGUCUCCUCCAGCCCAGGCAAGGCACAUGUUAAUACCACCCGGCGCUCUCCUUUUCUGCUACUGCUGCUGCGGGCUCCUCCGUCCGAGACAGAUGUUGCGAAACCAAGGCCUCCUCAAGUGCCGCUGCCGCAUGCUCUUCAAUGACCUGAAGGUCUUCUUGCUGCGGAGACCCCCCGCCCCUCCGCCGCCCUCGCCGCCGCCGCCGCUCCCCAUGCCCGGCGGCGCAGAGGCGGGGGCCGGCGGCACCGCUCCGCCCGGGGGGCGCGGGGCCGGCUGGCGGGGGGCAGCGGGCAGCCCGGGAGCCGAGGAGUGGGGGAGCCCCGCCGGGGAGCCCCCGGCCUCCCUGCCCAGCAGUACCUCUUCGGAUGACUUCGGCAAGGGCAAGGCCGAGGACCGCUACUCGCUGGGCAGCAGCGUCGACAGCGGCAUCCGCACCCCGCUCUGUAGGAUCUGCUUCCAGGGGCCCGAGCAGGGGGAGUUGCUGAGCCCGUGUCGAUGCGACGGAUCGGUGAAAUGCACGCACCAGCCAUGUCUGAUCAAAUGGAUUAGUGAGAGGGGCUGCUGGAGCUGCGAGCUGUGUUACUACAAGUAUCACGUCAUUGCCAUAAGCACAAAGAACCCUCUGCAGUGGCAAGCCAUCUCUCUGACGGUCAUUGAGAAGGUUCAGAUAGCAGCGGCCAUCCUGGGUUCCCUCUUCCUCAUCGCCAGUAUCUCGUGGCUCAUCUGGUCGACCUUCAGUCCUUCAGCCAAGUGGCAGCGCCAGGACCUGCUCUUCCAGAUCUGCUAUGGAAUGUACGGCUUCAUGGACAUUGUCUGUAUAGGUCUAAUAAUACAUGAAGGGCCCUCGGUUUACCGGAUUUUUAAACGGUGGCAGGCGGUCAAUCAGCAGUGGAAAGUGCUGAACUAUGACAAAACAAAGGACAUGGAGGAGCAAAAAACAGGGACCAGGACAAAUCAGCGCCCCUCCUCCCAAACCACCCACUCGUCCUCCACUGGUGGUACAGCCACUAACUCCGCUCCAGCCGACAGCGGGGCCCGGGCUGCCGGCCAAGCCACAGGCACCCUCUCUGACCACCACUGUGCUUACACCAUCCUGCAUAUACUCAGCCACCUGAGGCCUCACGAACAGAGGAGUCAGUCUAGUAGUAACAGAGAGCUCGUCAUGAGGGUCACGACGGUCUGAGCCGAGGAAUUCAGGAGGCCUUAACACGGAGCGGAGGAGACAAAGAACUCAUAACGCAGAGGAGCAUGGUGUGCCUUUUUCUUUCUCUUCCCUUUUUUUUUUUUUUUUUUUUUCUGUUUUCUUCUUCUUCUGUUCCUUCUUUUCUUUUUCGGUAACUGCACAAGAUAUAAGAGGCGGCACCUGGCCAGCUGAGGAAAAAGCAGGUGGAGGGAAAGCUGCACACUCAUGCUAAAGAGGUUAAUGUUUUCCAGCCAGUUUAAAAAAAAAUACAAAAAAACGAAACAAAACAGAAAAAAAAAAACACAAAUCAAAAAAAAAAAGAAAAAAAAAAAGAAAACAACAACAAAACAAGUGCAAUACAGACUAAAAACUGAGUAGGCAGAGUUCUGGGGAAGCAGAGGAACAGACGGUUUAGCAUGUCUUACAAACCCUAUUACCUGGAAUAGGUAACGCUCUGUACACACACCCCAUGCACACACACACGCACACACACGCACACGUGUGAGAUUUACAAAAACAAGGAAGGGAAUGAAAUAUUUGGAGUAGUUUUUUUUUUCCAGACUGUGAUUAACCAGGGCUAUGAGUCGUUUUGUUCAUGAGUCACUAUGGAACCUUGUUUGAUUUACCAUAGGAUUUCUGAAGUGAAAUGGCUGGGAACGUUUCAGUAGUGAUUUACAGAUUGAAUCAUCUCGCCAAGAAAAUGUGACAAAACCCAGGUGUGCCCAAAUUUCACCAAAACAAAAAUCCUGAUUUUUCGUAACGUUCCUGACAAAGGGUUUGUGAGGGUGGAGUUGGGAGGGGGGGAGGGCGUUCCAUGACCUUUAUUCGACGUAUAGGCAUUUCUGGCAAAUUUUGUACAAACUCUCCACAGGUGUUUCAAGCACAAGUACUAGUGUGAUUUAUGCCUUCAUAACCCCAAAUCCAGCAUCCAAAUCGUCCCACUGACACACAUCAUUUUCCAUGCAGACAUCCCAGGUUAAUUUCCUUCCAUUUCACUCCAGUCACAAGAAGCUGACCCACCUCCGGGGGGUUCCUACUACUUUGCUGAUUCAGACACUCAUACAUCCGAGAUGUACAUUUUUUUUCCAGUGUCUUUAUCCCUGCUGCUCAAUUUGUAACAAUCUCACUCAGUCAUGUAGGCUGAGCCUUUCACAUCCAGUUUGUUUAUUACAGAGUCUAUUCCGUUCAAUCAUUCAACAGAGAGUUAGUCUGAAGAGGGAGCACAGUUGCUGAUUGAAUAUAUAACACUUCUAAUAAGUCUCCUUCUCUGGGAUAUAUCCACGAAGGUACUGGUUGCUCUUCAGGAACAUUCUCUUUCAAUGCACAAUGGCUGAAUCAUUUGUGGAUAUUAAAGGGACACUGUCAAGUACUUUUUAAAUAGUUUUUAGGGUUUGGGCUUUUUUUACUCUCCAUUGUUUGUAAUAUUCUCUUACAAUCUUGAAAAUAAAAUUUCUUUCCCUACUGAUAUUGUUCUUUUCCAUUUGGGCAUGUAGCGUUCUCUCUACUCACCCCAUUCCUUUCACCAUCCCCGUCCUUCUCUCCACCUCUCAUCUGCAACAGGAAGAAAUCCAUGUUACCGAUUUCCUGCUCACUGUCCUCACUCCAUGGAGGGUAACUCCCAGCUCUGCGGGGUUGAGCCGUUUUGCCGCAAAUCAAGUGUAAGAGUAGGUAAACCUAAAAAUACAGAGAUCAGCUAAUUGAGGAGCAACAGCUCAGCAGUCCCAAAAAAAUGAGCCUGCAGCAAUCGAGCCUGAAUCCAGCCCUCCCCAAAAUCACUCUAAGGACUUCAGCCAAGCUGAAGCACUGAGCAACAUUGCACAAUGGCUGUGUCUGACUGCCCUUUGUCGUUGUACCAGCACCUCUCACAGCUUUUACUGGAGCCAUGGCAAAUGCAAGUCACCGGCUCCUUCGGCAGCUAGGCUGUCAUGGGCCAGGUGUUUCUGGGCUGGGGAAGGUCUCAAACUUUAACCUCCAGGUUUGAACGUACCAGCCAUUCUGCAAUGCUGAAGGUGGAGGUGAAUGUCUUAAGGCAGGUCAUUUUUUUUUUCAUCUAGAUUACUUGACAGUGUCCCUUUGAAUAUCAGAAUGCAACAGAACAGGUACUUCUCUGGCAGAGAGUGUGGGAGGUGAAACACCAGCCGAGAAAGCUGACUUACUGAGGACCAAUGUGAACAGCAUGGUUUCUGAGGCCACUGUACCUUUAUCUGACCAACCUUAUUUAUUAUCUACCAAAGAGUGCUUUUGGCGGUGAGGUGAGGGAAGAGAUGUUGGUGGGAGGAGGGAGAGGGAAGGGGCAAUUCUGAUCAUCUGUAAAAGCAGCUACCCCUAGACUGAAAGUGUUGCAGUGAAUGGUCUCUGGAAGAACCGCUUCUGAUCCACAGUAGAGAGAGAAACCUGGUCAAAGGAAGCAAACUUAACAGCCUCUCGCCCCCAUGCCUGUCCUUGAAACUGUGCUCAUUCCCAGAGACAGGUAAUUGUGGUGGUUUUGGGAAGGGGGAGGCAGACACCAACGAAGAGAAGGCUGUCAGACAUAAUGUUGUUUCCCUCCCUGUCCUCCACUUGUUUAAUAUGGAGAAGUCAAAUUCCUUUAAUUUGGCAAAAGGCUAAAAGUUUUUAAAGUCAGAAGCACAACUGCCGUGAAGGAGUGGUGUGACCUAGUGGUCUGAUCACACAGGACUCUGCGUACUCUCGCUCCAGCUCUGCCACCGACUCUGUAGCCUUGGGCUGUUUGGCUCAGUCCCCCACCCACACAAAAGGGGGAAUAACAAUACGUACCUACCUCACAGGGGUGUUGUGAGAAUCCACGUUUCGUAAAGCCUGCUGACGUGCUAGGUAGUCCCGAGGCGCGUGGUUGGGGGUGAGCAGCACUGCCCUUUUGCUGGUUACAGCCUGAAUCGCUCAGCAGGAGUCCCACGGGCCCUCUCCUGCUUGGAGAUCCUCCUUGAUCCGAAGCAGAGGGUGUCGUCCGAGUGCCCUCUCCUCCAUUGCAUGACAUUUUAAGCAGCUGUGAGGUGCAGGGUAGUGACCAACAUGAAGUCCUACUUGACCAGGGAUUUGCUACAACGUUUUCUAUAUCUGUGGGGUUUGUUGGUUUGGUUUUUCCAUAUAUUGUGCUUAGAAAUAAACUUUCCACUUAGGGCUGGCGGUUCGGGGUCUCUUCUGUUGCAUGGCAAUGUAUACAAGUCUUAUUGUCUGUCUUACUGUGCAAAUGAUCCCGCAGCCCAAUUUCAAAGAUGGGUAUGGUCUGAGCCUUUUCAUAGCGGCAGAAGACUCAAAAGCCUGUCUAGAUUGUUUAAUAUUUAAACACCACUAUGAACUUGUCAAUUGUAUGUGUUCUGUGCAAUACGAAGCAUGUCAUUACCUGGCUUGAUGGGCAGAGGGGCUAAAGGAAGGUCAAAACUUGUUCAAAGAGCUUCAUACACAUGCCAGCUUGGAGCCGAAGGGCUGCCACCAGCAAAGCAAACUCGGUGAAGCCAUUGCAAACUGUUUUCAGGACAGUUUAUUCCAGAACAAGGUCAUUCCGAGUUUAUGAACUUCUAGGCUGCCGGCCUGAGAGAACAAGUGCAAAUUUAGCGUGGGGUUUGGGCUUUGGGAUUUUCUUUUUUACAACUCCCCAAAGAAUUGAUGGCAGAAAUACCGAGGAGGAUCUCUUCCUUCCAUAGCACAGUUCUCUUGACUCCUACCACUUCCUUUUGCCAUUCCCUUUGUGCUACUAUGCAGGACUCUAAAAGAUGCAAAUAGAGAUAGUACACUCCUGAGACAUGCAAAAUACAUUGUGUAUCAGAGGAUUCUAGCAGACAGAAGAGAUGAGGUGGGCCCAUGUUGUAGGUCUCUAUUCUUCCCCCACGUCUUUCCUCCAGUCUUGUCUGCCGGGUUCCUAAAGAAAUUUUAUCUGUAUUUUGUUACAGAGCAGCCACAUCAGCUUCCACCCACAAACAAAGCUGAGUUUGGCAGCUGUUUCUCCCACUGGAGAAAAAUUCCAGGUCCUAUCACUGUGGAGACCCCUCAGUUCUUGGGCUUUGUGGUGCUCCAGCACCACUUGGGGUGGAGGACUAUGUUCAGCCAUCAUCAGAAGUUGUGUGUGUGUGGUCCUGCUCAUUCUUGUGAUUUCUGCUAGUCUCCUGAUUUUACAUCUAUUUUGACAGGUCUUUCUGGUAAUGCUCUUCUAGUUAUGCUCUUCUGAGAUGUUCUGCUCUAUGUCAGUUCUCACCGCUGUUAUCACCUAUUACAUCAGCGCUGGCCUCCAGCUUCCACAGCUUUCCCAUUCUUGCCAUGCCCUUUCUUGCUAGAUAUCCGCUACCAAGUCCUGACCCUAUUCCUCUGUGCCUGCAAUGGCUCAAGCAUAUGCACCAAGUGUGAUCAGAAAACAUUGGGACCAUUAAGAUUCUGUAUCAACAGUCAGGUUCAAUAAAAGUCACUCAGUCCUCUUUGAUAUGUAUUUACUUUGCCAAUCUUGGUGCUUGCUGUUAAUUGGCUGCCACAGAAGACCAUAAUACCAGCAAAAUCCAUACACCCAGCUAACUCUUGGCUUCUUAUUUCAAAUAUUGGAAGUGAUGGGCUGUUUUUCAAGUAAAUCAGGUGUGUUCCCUGUUGUGGUUCCCUGAACAAGGUGCUGUAGAAGUUAAUGUCCGACCAGACCAUGAUGGAUGACCAUCCAAGAACAAGUCAGCAGCAGAGCUUUGACUAAAUGGAUGUGUCGGCUGCCCACUGCAUUUUCAAUUGUGGAGACAAUGAAAAUACUGGUCAUGUUUGCCAGUCCCCUAACACUGCUCAAAGCACUUGUAUCCGGCAGCAGUAAAACAUCAGAGCCAACACCUGUACAUGGAAAAAAUCCUGAAGACUUCCCAGCUCUGAAGGCUACUCUACUCACAUCUGGUAGGCAGUCAUUCAAGCUUCUUUUCUUUGUUUUCCUGAAGAGAAAAAUGUUCACUUUGACUAAACAAAGCACUGCUACUCUUCAGUAAAGGAGUAGGCUGCAGCAUUUGCAUUUCCAACCUGAGGAUCAUCCACCAGGACUCCUAUACAUCUCGUUGUGAGAAUGCAAAGCCAGAAAACCUAUUCCUUUCCCUUACUAUUAUCUAUCAGUUAAGGAGGGAAAAUUCCUGCAGUAAUUGACUCAAUAGCAGUACAAUUGCCUUAGUGGCAGGGUAUCCUAACCUUCUCUUUGCUCUUCACCUAACUUAUAACUCCUCAUUCUUGAGCCAGCAGACUCCUCAUUCUCUCUGUUUCCCUAAACUCCAGCUCUGGAGAUCCCCAGUCAGACACAGGCACUGGGUUCCUUACAGACUUGCUUUAAAGUCUUGCUUCAUCCUUCAUGCAUUCAGACAAGCAAAUUAAUUUCAUUGAUAGACAAUGACAAAUUUGAUUCCCGAGAGGAGAAAUCAGCGUAGGAACUUAUUGCGUUGACCUUCACCUCCCCUUCCACAUUGAGGGAGAUACAGUGAAAAUAUCAAUUGGCUUUCAUAUGACAGCAAUGAGCUGAUAGCUCUAGGAACGUUUCCCUCAAUAAUGCAAGUCUGACAUGCUGCCGUUACUGAAGGCAGUCUUUGAUCUCACAUCUAUCACGUAGGAUACAAGGAGAACAGAAUCUGACACUUCUGCGCUGUUUACACAAACAUCAAAAACUAGCUUAGUUCAUUAUUCAAAUUACCUCCAGGUCAGUGGGUGAAUUUCUCCUUUGAUGAAAGAAGGAUGUUUUCUCUUCCAGAGAUGGAAUUGCAAGUUAAAAUAUAUGUACACAUAUACAUAUAUAUUUAUAAAAGUUAUGCUGCAAACAGAAAGAAAAGAAAGAGGAAAACAAAUAAACCUGAAAGAAUACUUAACUGUAUUGAAAAAGUCUUGACAGGAGCUAGGGAGUUACUGUCUGGAAAGUACUACGUAUGACUUGACUUCAGGCAAAGAGAAUACAGAAGAGUGAAAUGCUUUUAUGGGAUCUCUGGCCUGCCUCUGGUUCGUCUUCAUUACUGUAUAGCAUUUAAUUAGCGCAUAAGUAUGUGGAAAACAGACGCUCAGCUCCAGCAGUGGGAAACAGACUGAAGACUCCUCAAACUUAUCUGAGCCAUACUCAAACAAGCACAAUGAUGCAAAAGCACAAGCACCUGCCAUUAAAAAUGUUUGACAUGAGAUGGAUUUCCAGACAGAUACCAGGAUCCAGAGAUAAAUUAUUUUCCAAGCUACAUUGACAACAUUUUUCUUAACUUGUUUACUUCCUAUUGUUAACGCAUUUUUUCAAGCACCUUGGGUAAAAGAAAAAAAAAAAAAAAGAAAACAAAAAAGAUUCUGAUACCCAUGACAUAAAGAAUUAAAUAACAGUAGACAAGAGGUACUAAGGUGAGAUGCUUCUUUAUAUAUUAUGUUGUGCAUCACAAUGUGCUUUGCCACACAGAAUUAGUUUCUUGCUUGCUAAAAGAAAGUCUGAGUGAUUGAGUCUGCUCAUAAUCAAGGAGCCUUCCUAGAGCAUAACCUUCUAUAGGGGACCACAGAUUCCCCCUGGAUAGGAUAGCCAGCAUCAUUCAGAGGUGUUUUGCUUCCUCUUGUUCCCUUCUUUGGCAGGAUGACCACCUGUUUGCUACUACAUCUUAUCUACACCAUGUGAGCUGGCGUCUGUGGGCUCAAACAUUGCAUGAAGGUCAGGCAUAUCAUUUGUGCAUGGUCACUGCUCAAGAAGAAAGCUUUUUUCCAAGAGGGAGAAGGCUGCUGUUAGCAGGUCACUGUUGGGCAGCAGGAACAUUUAUCUGCUUAUAUCAGUUUUGAUAUCACCAAUAACAAGAAUGGCAAAUGCCCAGCGUACCCUCACAAGUGACCUAUUGCAUCCUUUUACAGUCAAGGUGGUGGCUCUCCUUAUUGCUCUUCCUUACAAGACAGCUUUCCUUUAAAAUCUAGCUUGCCACAUUUCUCUGGAAGUUUUUCCACUGCACAUUACAGAGGUUCAGUUUAGUCCUUUUUCCUAGAAGGACAGACAGACUUCUACCUAACCCACCUGAUCUUCUUUCCUAACUACAGAGACAAAAAAUUGAUGUCCUAUAACAGUUGGUCUCAGUAUCUGUGUUCCCUUUCCCUCACUAUUCCCUAAUCUUUGCUUCCCUUGGAAAGGGGCGAUUCAUUGCUACUAAAUGGCACAGCAUCUCUUUGAAAUGGGAGCAUGGACAGCCCUUCUCCUCCUUGCUGAGCUAAGAGGCACACAAACCUUCCUCCACCUCCCUCCAGGCUGGUGCGGCCAGCAGAACCCUUAUUCAGAGUUUAGCUUCUUGACCCAGAAGAGCAAACGCUUUCAAACAUUUCCUUCACUGGUGUAGAGCUGUGGAAUAAUGGCGCGGGGAAUCUUUUGUUUCUUAGCCUCAGGGUAACGAGAGUGGAUGAUGUACCUGAGCCAAAAACACAGUGAAGACAAAGCACUUGUCUUUUGGAUGGUGAUAAAACUGGGUGAGGUUUGCCCAGAUGAGAGAGGAGCAAGAAUCUUUGUCAGAUUUAUAUGGCAGCAAAAGAAAAUGGCCUUGUCCCUACUGUUUUUAGCUCAUACACAUCAGCUCUCCAUUAUAAACAAACCCUCUGCAGGCAAAGCAGGCCAGGCUUAGGGAGAAAAUCUUCCUCAUACCAGAAGCACAACCAGCCCAUAGCUAUGCAUCAACCCCUUCAGGACUUUUGCCCCAGCGAGGCUGAGAGGAAGAAGGGAGGUAGCUAAUGGGGGUGGCAAGAACACUUCCCUGGAUCGUCAUCCCUAAUGGGCACAGUCCCCAGUAGGCUAAUUCGACAUCUCAUCACACGAGCCCCCUUUGAAAUCACUCCCAAGGACUAUGGACUGAUCCUUCACUACUGCAGGGUCUGCCCAGGAGAGAGAGCAGUGUUUCUGCAUGGAUCUCCAAGGUCUUGGUAGGGUCCCGAGCUGGGCCUGGAACAAAUCCCCAUGCCCACCGAGGGAUGAGAUGGGUCAGUGGUGUAACCACGCAGAAAUGCUCUCGUUGAGAUUUUCCACAAAGAUGUCUGUGGGGUUGGGGAGGGGGAGGGGGUUGCUUUUGUUCAGGGCAGGAAGCACGAGGAAGGGAAGGCUGCGGUGUCCGAAACAAUCAGACACAAGGGAGGGGUUGACUGAGAGGAAUGACCAUGUCAACUGUGUUACUGUCCCGUCAUUCUCCUGAACGCAGAAUGGAAACUUCCAAGUGCUCUUCAUGAGCUUACGUUUAUUAGAAAACUAUUCCUGGGUGUUUAAGGUUGUUUUCUAAUGAAAAUAUACAUAAUAAAAAAAAAAAAAA